AUGUUUUUCAGUGCUGCCAGCAUUGCAGGUGCUUUCUCUGGCCUGUUGGCAUUUGCUAUUGCAAAAAUGGACGGGGUGGGAGGGUAUCAAGGAUGGCGAUGGAUUUUUAUUCUGGAGGGCCUCCUGACCGUUGUUGUGGCAGCUGGCGCAUACUUCUUCCUUGAAGACUUCCCCGAAACAGCAUCGUUCCUAACUCCCAGGGAGCGGGAAUUUGUUAUUCACCGCCUCAAGUAUCAGGGGUCUAGCUCGUCGGGGAGGAGAGUAGUCCAGACGGAGGAGUUUAAAUGGAAGUACAUCAAGGAGGUAUUCACAGACUGGCAAGUCUAUGCAUCACUUUUCGUCAAUGCUAACCAAGGGGACUCAGUUUGCGUGGGCAUCAUCUGCCCUCUGUAUGGAACCUCACUCUUCUUGCCGAGUAUCAUCAAAGACCUGGGGUACAAGACCUCAACAGCGCAGCUCCUAACGGUGCCUAUAUACGUGACUGCAGCAACACUUGCCGUUGUAAUCGCCUUCUACUCUGACAGAAGUGGCAAGCGCUCACCCUUUGUCAUUGGGUGCAUGUGCUUGAUUGGCAUCGGUUUCAUCAUCUGUAUCUCUGCUGCAGGACGAGGUGUUCCAGGGGUAGUGUAUGCAGGUGUUUUCAUCGCCAUCUGCGGCAUUUAUCCUGCUUUUCCCGGUGCAGUAACAUGGCUAGCCAACAAUCUUGCUGGUAGCUACAAACGUUCUGCGGGCAUGGCAUUCCAGAUCGGAACAGGCAACAUGUCAGGAGCCAUGGCGUCCAACUUCUAUCGAGCGCCAGACGCACCCAAGUACACUCUUGGCCACGCCCUUGAACUUGGGUUCUUGGUUGCUGGAGUGAUAUCAGCCAUCUUCCUGCGUGAGGCCUACAAGCGGGUCAACGCUAAACGAGAGCGAGAGGGAACCCGGGGCCUGAGUGACCAGGAAUUGAGCGAGUUAGGCGAUAAAGCGCCUACAUUCCGCUACACUCUUUAA